GAAAGUGGUUUGCGCCCGGUGAAGCGCUCCCUCCUGGGUACGUGAUCACGGCCCACCCCGAAGGUCACACGACUCCGCAGGAAACAGACAACGUGACGGAAAAGGCUCGCGACUGGAUUUCGGCCGUGAAGCAGAGGCCCUUUGACUUCAAGAAUCCAGGUGCUCCUGACGUGCUGAGCGAGGCAAAGACGCUGAUAGCACGCCUCGAGACCAUGGGAUGGAAAGGUUCUGUGCGAACAAGUGGCCCUGAUGUUCCUGUUUCCCC